AUGGCACAACAGCGGGAAGGAACUACAGGUUCAGCUGCAAAUGAAAACAAGAAAUAUACUGUCUGGGGACAAGCACUGUACAACCUCGUGUCGUUUUUCGAAGGUUACGAUCAACAGGUGUUGUCCAUGUGUAUGAGGGCUUUCGAGUUGACUUUAGGCUUUUCUCAGUCUCAAUUGUCUACAUUGGCGACUGUGUCCACUAUGUCCCGCAUGGGUUGCUGCAUAAUUUGGGGAAUUCUCGCGGAUAAGUAUCCUUCGAGAUAUGUGCUUGGUGGUGGUCUGUUAGUGAUGGGCAUGGCUUCGAUUGUUCUAAGUUCAGCAUCGCAAUACAGAUCAAUUCUGUUCUUGCGCUUCUUACACGGCUUUGGAUUCGCCUGCGUUUACCCAGUGCAGCAAAAGAUCGUUGCAGAUUCAACCGAAUCGAAGAAAGAAGAGAACGGUGCAGCGGCAUCACCGGCUCCAGAGAACUCACAGGAGCCGAAGAAAAAAAACUCAGACGCUAGUACGAUGUUCACGAUUUUUCAGGCUCUGAAUUGCAUUGGACGAUUGCUUUGCGCGGUUAUAACCACACUCAUUGCGCGCAAAGUAUUAUUGGGAUAUAUUGGCUGGCGUAGCUCUUAUGUUGUGUUGGGGUACGUCUGGAUAUUGUUUGGUAUCGCGAUUGCACUUGGAAUGAAGAGGGAGUGCGAUGUCACAAAUUCUAAAAGUCAAGGUUUUGAUAACAUUAUAUCGGAAACAUUUACAAACGCUUUUAAGAGGAAAACAACAUGGCUAUUGAUAUUUACAUUAUUCAUCGCAGAAGCCCCAAUGUGUGCGUUUAACUAUAUGACCAUUUAUUUGCAAUAUUUGGGAGUGUCCGACACAAUGGCUGGCGUUGCGAUUGCAGUUACACUAAUAGGUGGUGCAGCUGGAAGUGGAGCGGGGGGAUAUAGUAUAGAGAAAAUUGCGGGAAAAUAUACAGUCUUUGGUGAACUGAGUUCCGGAGUCGUAGUGAUGGGCAUCCGACUAGCCGUGUGUCUAUUAUUCUUCUUAGGUACGGCGCCAUGCGGGAAGUUGCUUUGGUAUCAUUAUGUUGAGUUGGCAACGCUUGGGGGAACAUUAGUAACCGUUGGUGGUGUGGAUAGGGCCAUGUUGAAGAAAGCAAUCGAAGACGACUGUCAGGCUACAGCAUCUGCCAUGGUUCGAACCAUAUCAGGCAUUUCAAGUAGUAUCAUUCUCUUUCAGAUUUGCGCAUAUUUGACCGAGAAGGUCUUUGGAUACGUGCCCUCUAGGGAGUCAUUUGCAACCAUGGAGGCGGCUGUUAAAGAAAGAAAUGCGGAAGCCUUAAGGAAAUCUAUGAUGUAUAUUAUUUUGGCGGGCACGUUGCUCAACGUUGUUUGCUAUGUUGCGCUGUAUUUUACGUAUGAAACGGAUAAACAAGCUGUUGAUUCGGCAAAUGCGAAAAAGGGGAAGCAAAAAUGA